ACGAGCUCGACGUUAUCAACUACCUCGAGUACCAGCGUCCGUUUACCCCUGCUGAGAUUACCUCUGCCUCACUCAAGCACUCGAUAGAGUUGGCACGGGACACACAAGGCAUUGCUGCUGUUAUGCUCAACUGGAAACGACUGGACAACCUGAGGGUGAUCAUGCAGAACCUGCGCGAGGCGGGCCACUACAGCGAGUUUGUGGUGUGGAACAACAACCCGGAUACUGUGCUCAACGAGGAGCUCAUCUUUGGUGAGCGGAUCCCGGAGCGGGUUGUUGUGGUCAACUCGGUGGACAACCUCAAGGACUUUGGCAAGUACCUCGGCUGCCAGCGGGCAGUGGCGGAGAUCUGCUACAUGCAGGACGACGACUGGGACUCGUCGAGCUACCGAGUGAGCCUGCUGUACUCGUUCCUUGGCCAGCCCGGCGUCGAACACGGGGUGACCAACGCGCGGACGUUUAUGCAGAACAUGGCGUGGACGUGCUACAACGCCGCUGCCAGGAUCCACGCUGGAUUCAUGUGGGGUGGGUGUGGCUCGGUCUUCUCGCGCGACGCUGCUGUCCGGCACAUCGGCCUGAUCAACUCGCUGCUCCCGGUCGAGUUCAAGUACAUCUCGGACCUGUUCUUUCCGCUGUGGUACAACCAGCCGCCGAUUGUGUACACGCUGCCGCUCGACCAAGGCGAGCUCGACACCAACGACGCCAUCUCGGAGCAAGAGGGUUUCAGCGAGUUUAUGUAUGAGGCCGGCAUCCUCGCCAUGGAUCGGCUCUGGACGGCCGACGAGAGCAUCUUUCGCAGCCGCAAGCGCAUGAAGCGGCAGAUCACUCACGCCAUCCGCACCGACGACGGCGGCAUGUUCCUCACCAACACGGGUGUCAACCGUGAGUUCGAACUCGAGACCUGCACUCUCGAGGACGACGCCGAGCGCUUCACGCUCGACCGCACGCCGUGCACCGACAGUCGGCGCCACUGCGGCGUCCGCAAUCACUACUUUGCACACCCGCCCAUGUUUGCCAUCGACGGCGAUCCAAAGACGUGCUACGAGGCUGCCGUCGCGCCCGGCCGACCCGCGUUCUUCGGCUUUGACCUCCUUGCCCCGCACAAGGGCGUCACCAUCCGCGCCUCGAUCGGCGCGUACGGCAAGGGCGCCCGCGACGCGCUCGCCCCUCUCACCACCGCCGUCAACGUCUCGAUCUCGCUCGAGUCCGAGGUCUGGCGCACCUUUGCCACGCCGGCCCUGGGCAUCUCGGGCCGUACCCUCGAAUCUCGCUCAUUCUCGCUCGACUCUCGCUCUAUGGCCGGUGAGACCCAGGUCUUCCGCUCCUUCAUCAUCACUCUCCCGCCCGUCGUUGACAUGUACGUGCUCCAGAUCUGCGAGCUCACAGUCAACGGUGACAAGUACGUUGUGUAG